CAAAGCCGCUCUCUCUUCCCCUUCAAAUCAAAUUUUCUCUCCACCAUAUACUCCCUCCCCCUCUCAAAUCAACCAAACGAACAAACAUCCACCACCGACUGUCUCCAAAAUUGAUCAGGAAAAAUGCGAACUCGCAAUAGUUUGGUGUUUCUAAGCACGUUAUUCCUUGUGAUCUUAACAAUCAACGGCUCGGAUUUGAGGAAGCUUGAUGAAACCGGUGUGCCAGGUCCCACUGACGAGAAGUGUGAGCCUUGUGGUCAAACCUCUCCUCCUCCUCCACCACCCUCGCUACCACCACCAUCUCCCUGUCCACCUCCACCUUCACUGCCGCCACCAUCGCCGCCACCACCAUCACUGCCUCCCCCGUCCCCCAAAAAGCCGCCAUCGAGCAACUGCCCGCCGCCUCCGCCGCCUCCCUCUUAUAUAUACAUCACCGGUCCACCAGGAAAUUUGUACCCUAUUGACAAUGAUUUCGGUGGCGUCAACAGGAAUUUGAAGGUGGGUUUGUCAGUUUUCAUUGGGUGGGGAUUAUUAUUGGGACUUUUGGGUUUCUCGUGAAUCGUCGUAUUAUUAUUAUUGUUGUAAGAUUUGGAAUUAAUUUCAGGGGCCAUGAACAUAUAUAUUCAGGUCCAGAUUAUCAUGUUAAGAGAGUCAUUGUGGCCAAAAAUUAGCAAGUUUUUUGGGCAUCUAACUUCGUCCCUAGCUGUGUUUGUUUAAAAUGUUCAAUAAUUCUAACGAGGAUCAUCUUUUGUUAGAAUAGUUUUCUAUCAUCUUUGAUCAGAUUUAUGUUGAUUACUUGUUUUGUUUGAUCA